CGAAACAUAACCUCUGAAGGACACACGCUGAGGAGUGCUUAGAAUUCGAGAAAACGCAGUAUUUCCUAGUUAUUUGUGAAUCCAGGCAGUGAAAAAUGUCUCGUUUGAUGUGGAGACUGAGAAGUCUCGUGGAGAAUGUGAGGAAAUCACCCGUUUCCUCGUACGCCACCUUCACACAAAGGGACUUUCAGUAUGAGGAUCACUCUCAUUCCGGGACUCUCCUGAAUCGCUUCGCCAAGUCGAUAGCCAUACAAAAUAGUGUGGAGGCAAAGAUUGCCAAGAACACAAUCAAGUACAGUCAGUUUUAUCCCGUGCAGAACAAAGACAGGUUCCGGCAAGAGCUGGAAAAAAUUGCAUCAGAUCAGUUGGUCAGGCUCCUCAUGUUCACGGCAAACUAUCGCGGGAAUGCGGACAUCGCCAAGAUCUACCAAGUGAUAAAUGAUGUGGAUAAUGAGGUGAAUCAUCGGAUUGAAAAGUUGGCGUACAGAGACGUUCAGGAAAUUUUACAGAUGUUUAUGUAUUUGCUGCCCAACAAAGUCACAGAGUUGGAUACCGUGAGACGCGGACUGCAAAAGCUUAUUGAUGGAUUCCCUGAGAACAAAACCAAGGAGAACUUCGUGCAAAUCUGCUUCUACUUGGGGCUGUUCAAGAAAACCAAGCGACAGAGUGAGCAACUCAAGGCAUUCCUGGAAAUGUACUUGAGCAACUAUCUUGAGGAUUUGGACAGUUUGCAACUGGCAUUGGUGGCAAAUUCCGCAUUCAAAGCCACAGUGACCAUCUCGGACAAGGAUUUCCAUCAGCGUCUAAUAUCAGAGAUUCUCAGCAUGAAUACCGAUGUGGACAUUCAGUUGCUGGUGACUUUCGUGAAGAGUCUGAGGCACAACAAGGUUGAUAGUGCAUGCGUUCUGGACAAAAUACAAUCUAUUCUCGAAGAGGGAGAUAUCCAGGAUGGCGAUCUAAGAGCAUAUACUCACCUUUUGGCACUCUUUGCGGAGAAUCGUCGAAUCCCUGAGACUUUUGGCAAAACCAUUUCGGCUGAAUGUAUGGAAAUCAUCAAAGAGGAACACGAAAAGUCAAUUGAAUUGACCAGAGAAGACAGAUACUUGAAUCCCAACUUCCGCGCUAAAGAUCUCGCCACGUUCCUGUGGUGUUGCACAAAUAUGCAGGAUAACAUUCUCUCACGUGAUGACCUCAAUUCCGUGUGCAAUGCAAUAUUGUGGAAGUUGAGGAAUUAUGAGUACAGGUAUGCUUUCGAUGAGUUUGUGGACACUCUCUUGUCUUUCUUUAUGCUGGGAGGUAAAUCUGAGAUGCUCUUCAAGUCAUUCUUCAAUGAUAAAGACUUCCUGGUGCCACCAAAGGGUCAAAAUCGCAUAAAAUUGGACUCAAGACAACUUCUCUUGAUUUCAUGCUUGGAGAUCGAAAUGCCUGAAGUGCUGCCCAAUCCGGUGAGUGGCAAAAAAGCCAAUUCAUUUGCAGAUGUGCCGAAUUAUUUGCUGGAGAAACGCCCAAAGUUGGUCAGCGUUGGACAGACGCUGAAGGACAUUGCUGAUGAGUUGGAAUUGGAGAAAAUCGAACUGAAACUUCCAGUAAGGAAUAUCAAUAUCCCGAGUUAUCGUGUGGAAGUGAGGCGUUCUGGAGGAAGAAAUACGAGUUUCUGGAUUGAAAUUCUGGACGACAAAAUCACAAUGGCUGAUCUGGAGACUCCUACGGCUUUCGUGAGGCUCAAACUGAGACUUCUUCGACAAUUGGAGCAAGAUUACGUUCUUGUUAAUGCGGCGAAGAAGGAGGGCGAACAAUUGAAGGAAUGCUUGCGACAGACUAUCAAAGAACAUCUGGAAACUCUAGAUUCCGAAUCUGAGGAUGAAGUUCAAGGUGUAAUCAAAUAAUUUUGUUAAAAGGCAAACAAAUGUAGUCAGAAAGGUA